CCCCUCACCUCCUCCUUCAGAGCAGACAAAAAAAACUUGUUUCAAAAGCUUUUCAUUCCUAAUUCAAAAUCUCCGUGAAAAAUCUCACAUCUAGGGUUAGGGUUUCCUGUUGAGUUGAAGUAGAAGCAGUAACGAUGUCGUUGAAACCCAGUGAAAGGAAAGAUGUUCGAAAGACUAAUUAUAAAGUAGCAGUACCUAGUGAAAUAGGAUUGAGAAGAAGAGAAGAUGCUAUGAUUGAGAUUCGUAAGAAUAAACGUGAAGAAUCGUUAAUGAAGAAGAGAAGAGAAGGUUUACAACAACCGUUUCCUCUCUCUGCUGGUAUAACUUCCAACAUCGAGAAAAAGCUAGAGAGUCUGCCUACACUGGUUAAUGGGGUAUGGUCGGAGGAUAACGCUUUGCAGUUGGAUUCUACAUCACAGUUCAGGAAGUUACUCUCCAUAGAGAGAAGCCCUCCGAUUGAUGAAGUGAUCCAGACAGGUGUAGUUCCUCGUUUUGUUCAGUUUCUUCAGAGGGAGGACUUUCCACAACUUCAGUUUGAGGCGGCUUGGGCUCUUACAAACAUUGCUUCUGGAACCUCAGAGAACACCAGAGUGGUCAUUGAGCAUGGAGCUAUCCCUAUCUUUGUGGCACUUCUCAGUUCCCCAAGUGAUGAUGUUCGAGAACAGGCUGUGUGGGCACUUGGAAAUGUUGCUGGUGAUUCACCUAAAUGCCGAGAUCUUGUUCUUGGCCACGGGGCGUUGAUUCCUUUGUUAAGUCAAUUAAAUGAGCAUGCCAAACUUUCUAUGCUGAGAAAUGCCACCUGGACUCUAUCUAAUUUUUGUCGUGGCAAGCCGCAGCCUUCUUUUGAACAGACAAAGCCUGCACUCCCUGCUCUUGAGCGUCUUAUCAACUCCACUGAUGAAGAAGUACUUACAGAUGCCUGCUGGGCCCUUUCUUAUCUAUCUGACGGUACAAAUGACAAAAUUCAAGCUGUUAUUGAAGUUGGUGCCUGCCGCCGACUUGUCGAGUUAUUGCUUCACCCAUCUCCUACUGUACUCAUUCCUGCCCUCCGCACGGUUGGCAAUAUUGUCACUGGAGAUGAUCGUCAGACCCAGUGUAUCAUUGAACUUCAAGCACUUCCGUGCCUCAUGAACCUGUUGACACAAAACCAUAAAAAGAGUAUCAAGAAAGAAGCUUGUUGGACUAUCUCAAACAUUACUGCCGGAAACAACGACCAGAUUCAGUCGGUUAUAGCUGCUGAUAUUAUUGGUCCUCUAAUCCAUCUGCUUCAAAAUGCUGAGUUUGAUAUCAAAAAGGAAGCUGCCUGGGCAAUCUCAAAUGCAACUUCUGGGGGAUCCCAUGAGCAGAUCAAGUACUUCGUUGCUCAAGGCUGUAUCAAACCACUGUGCGAUCUUCUAAUCUGCCCUGACGCUAGGAUUGUUACUGUCUGUUUGGAAGGUCUUGAGAAUAUUCUCAAGGUUGGGGAGGCUGAGAAGACCAUGGGCAACACUGAUGGUGUGAACUUGUAUGCUCAGAUGAUCGAUGAGGCAGAGGGAUUAGAGAAGAUUGAAAACUUACAGAGUCACGACAACACUGAGAUAUAUGAGAAGGCGGUGAAAAUUCUCGAGACUUACUGGUUGGAGGAGGAAGAUGAAAUGCCUCCUCCAGGUGAUGCUGCCCAAACAGAGUUCCAAUUUGGAGGGACCCAGCCCCAACUUCCUUCUGGUGGAUUUAACUUCGGCUGAAGGAAGGUGGGCGUGCAAGGGAUGAAAGUUAAAAGCUCUGGGAUAAUUCAGGUCAGGUCGGGUCAGGUUUUUUGGGUCUGGUCAGUGCAUGUCAUCGAGAAGUUAUUUGGUCCUGUUCGGUAGAGUCUCAGAUGUGGGUGAAGAGCCAUCGCCAUUGGUGGUGUGUGGUCCUUCGGGGGAGGCAACGGGUUUUGAAAGAGUCAACAGGGUCGGGGGUGAGGGUAGAGUCUGGUGUGUAUUGUCAUUGUCCUACAGGAGUUAUGUCGGGGUUGUAAGUAUGAAACAUGUUCUCGUUAUAACCUAUAGAUAUACCUUAGGCAGAGUGAUAUGCUAGUCCUGGUGUUUUUCACCGUAUCAGUGUUGGCAGUUUCUGCUGGCGGGUUUGGUUAUGGUCAGUCGGUAUACUUUUUGUUCAGUAGCUAUUGGAAGCAAGGAAUAGAGGUUGAAAACGGCUCAACACAUAGUGGGUUUGUGCUGUUUGUUUAAAUGGUUUUUUAUUCUCUGGAGUUGAAACCUGUAGACUGGUUUUCUUAUUUCUUAAUGCUAAACUAUGGCUUAGAUUUUUGUAGCA